AGUCAGUAUCAGCAGCUUAACUAGUUAACGACCUCAAAAGCAACAGGUCACCUGCGCAAGGUACGAGCUUUGCCUCACUAUCUGCAAUCAAAUGGUUGUCAGAUGAUUCUGCUUUGCUUGAGGCUUCUCACGUAACGGAUGAUCGAGGAAGACCGUAAUGAAUUUCCUCAUGGCCGACCGCUGUUGCUGGGUUGCCACUCACUGUCCAUGUCCGUCGCCUGAGGCACCCAGGAAAGCAAAGCAGCUUUCGUACGCAAGCAUAGCGCCGAGGUAACGUCAGGUUUACAGCCGCCAUGUCUUUACUCGACAGCCAUCUGGAACAGAUUCUGCUCUCCUCAAAUGCCAUUGCUGAACUACCUUUUCCCCCACCACGGAUCUUCACAAACGCUCUCUUAGGCCCCCACGACAUCACUGCUCUUAUUCGCGAUACCGAGACCCAUGAACGGGCUCUUUUCCAAACAGACCCGUCUGUGAAGACAAUUAAUGCUUCACAGCGUCGGUCAACCCGCCGAGGAACAGUAUUUCCAUCGGAGACAGAGGGAGAGUCAAUGGCCAGUCGGAUUUAUGCAGCCAGGAAUAACAAAAACCAAUCCGCUGUUGCAAGAGUCUUGGGGUCAGAUAUGAUGGAAGAAAUCAAACGAUCAGCAGGCACUUCAUCUAGAGGGCGUAGCGAGGUCAACGUCGACGUGCUUCUCCGAGGCGCAGAAAUCCUCUGCAACGUCUAUCCGGUCUCAGGGGCACAAGAAAAGAUCGCGAGUCUUCGUUACCGCCAUCAACUGAUUACUGACUCGAUUGUCGACUUAGAGGAUCGUGUAGCAAGAAAUACCGCAGAAUUGGAGAAGAUGAGCCGUUCAUACGGAGGCGACUAUGACGAUUAUGAAUCCUCAGACACGCUGCAACCAGAUAUAGCCGACGUGACAGAUGCCGAUAUUGAGCAGGAAAUGGACGAGUUACGAGAGCUAGAGAAAAUGAAGAGAACCUUAGAAGCCCGCGUCAGUGGUAUGGAACGGGACUUGGGUGGCUUGAUUGGAUGAUUAGUCCUUUACACUCUGUUUCUAUGGCUCAGAUAUCACGCAAGGGGUGCAGAUCGUAAGUCUUGUCCAACCGUUAAUGUCUGUCAAAGUUCUGCCACGAGCUGCAAGUCCCAGCGGUGAACCUUGCUUGACCCCGACGCUCCAAAACUCGCCCUUGGGCUCGUGCCACUUCGAGUUCACAUGAAGUAUCAACCAGAUACGGCACUUUGAUCUAGUGACCUCAUACUUGGUCUGACAAACAUACCGAUAUGCCGCGGACUAAAACCUUGAACGACUUGCCCAAGUUUACAUGCUUCAGCCGCCAUGGGCAUGCCAUUGUUCCGC